CCUUCGAGCUUGUCGUCUGCUAACCCCAACUCAACGAAACCGCCAUCGACUCGGCGGUAACUCCAGGUAACUCUCACCUCAUUGAGCUGCACUACAGCGGAGUCACUCUCGACCACAAAAUAUUUAUUUAGAAGAACUGCGACGGCUGCUAGUUUUAAUGUUUGUACGAAAGCUAUUUGACGGGCUUAUCAAAAAGCAUUCAAAAAGUUUCAGUGCCGACAACAGCUUAGAAACAGCGGAAAACGUCACUUUUUUUCGUUCUUCCCAUAGAGUCCCAUGCAUUGGCUGGUGUCAAUCAAUGGUCGCCGGUGGCGACACUCGGCCCCAGCUGCCGAGGCCGCGGUCCGCGAUCCAGCCUAUUACAAUAGAGAUCAGUGGGCAGAGCACUAAUGCUCUGGUACAAGUAGCGCUUGGCUCAAAGUUGAUGGGGGAGCGUGGGUGGGGUUGGUCCGGGUUGUGCUGAUAAAUUCCAGAAAGUAAACUGCGCCAGGGUGAAGAACUAGCUUCGUUCAAUUCACCUCCACCGGUGCAGAAAUGUGUAGGGCCACUCAGGGGCCACUGUAUGUAGGGCGGUGUACUUCCGGUCGGAUAUACCGGAAGUAUACUGCCCAUCGUUGCUCCGAUCGGUGUGUUUACCACGUCCAAAAAGUGGUCACUCGAUUUCCGCCUAAUGACGUCAUAAAAAUGUCAUGUUAGCGUCACGCGCGAUUCUGGUGGUGUCUCACUAGGUGUGGUACCUGUUGCAGGCGCCUGUUCUGCUGCAGGUCGCUCUCGAGUGUGGUAGUCGACGGAAGCCCCGGCAACCAGAAGUUGAGACAUCGUGAUGACAGCGACACUUACGUUCGGUACAUGCUACUUGGAACUCUCGUUAGCAAUUCUAAGCCCAACCGCCAGGAUCGCGACAACCAAUACCAUGCCACUUCGGCUUCUGUGACGUCAUUUGCUGUCACUUUGGGACCAGUUUUGAUAUAUGGCAGCAUAACUUUCGCUACAAAAGCCAAAAAUCGAGAUGUGGCGCUUUUUCUUCGUGCCGUAUGGUCCAGACUCUGGUGAAUCGUGCCGGUGAUUUUUAACGUUAUUUUAACUUUAUAUAUAGAACAUUUUAGCAUACAAUGAAAUAGUUGACCGAAUACUCCAUUAUUGUAAAUGUACAGAGCGUUUUUGGCCGAUUCGAAACGCUAAAUGCUAACACUGGGAAAUUCAAGUUUCGAUUUAGUUAUUGAUCCGUUAGCGCCGUGGACCGAGGCCGUGGUGUAUUUCUUCGCAACGUUCUCCUUCGGGUCUGCUUUGUUCGUGAAAUUCGCCAAGCAACUGUGGUUAUGGGCUUCUUGUAAGACUCAUAAUUGUUAUGGUAUUUAGUAUCUUGGCGUUAAUCAUAGUGUUACAACCAGCUUGGAGUGGGAUUGCGCCCCCGUACCAUGGGCUUGACAGGCCGUCCCUGGAAUACGAAUUGCCGCCUUUGCCUUAUGUGUUUGACGCAUUGGAGCCUUAUAUCGACGAAGAAACGCUCAGGAUACACUACUUCGGCCAUCAUGCCAAGUACACAAGAGAAAUGAACCGCGCCUUCAGGGAAUGGAGGAAAUACCUUAAGGACAAGCACGCAUCCAGGUUAUCACUGAUUGACAUACUACGCAAUUUCACGAGAGUUCCGGCAAAGUAUCGAUCGACUUUGAUACACAACGUUGAAGGUUACGUGAAUCAUGUCCUGUACUGGUCGGUCAUGUCACCUAACCCCGGGAAAGAAGUCAGGGCACCGGAUGGGGCCCUCGCAGAAGAAAUUGAUGAGAAGUUUGGCUCCUUCAAGAACUUUAUGUUCGUCUUCUCAGAGCAAGCGGCGUCCCUGUUGGGCUGUGGGUACGUGUGGCUUUGCCGCAACACCUCGUCGCCUCGAGACCACACGGAGCUGACGAUUGUGACGACAUCCAACGAGGAGAGCCCGAUUUCUCGCCGCCUGCAUCCGAUGCUGGUGCUGGACCUGUGGGAGCACUCCUACUUCCUCAAGCACCACCACUCCCAGAGGGAGCACGUGGUUGACUGGUGGCACCUUGUCGAUUGGCAUCUGGUCGACCAACUUGACCGAUGGUGGAGGCACAGUGGGGUGCACGACGAGCUCUGAUGGCGUUGGAGGUCUCCCGUCCGGUGCGCUCUACCAAUUCACCGCAUCCAGUCACGAGCCUGGUUUUCACGCAUGGCCAGGAGAACGGCGGGUCUCCCUUCGGAGUCGUCUUUUGCCACAUUGCUCUGCCUAUACAAGCAACUGACGAUUUGGGGCCGAUUAGUUGUUUUUCCUGUGUAUUUCCGUGCUUGUUUUUCAAUUGAUGAUUGAUCUCAGUGUUUCAAACUGUUACCAUUACUGCAUUUUAUGUCAGUUUUGUCUCCUGAAUGCGCUAUUCUUAUAACAUGACCUUGCCGUUUCUCUGCUAAAGAAAUUCCGUUGCAUGGUGGCUAUUUUCGAAGAUCAAUGAGCCAAUUAAAAGAACCAAAAUCGAUAUGUAAUCGUGCUUUCGUAUUACUCUCUGUUAAAGAACAUUACAGUGAUUUCAAGCUUAGCUCCAAGACUCAAAUAAAACACAUGAAUUUGGGAUUUAACUGCUUUUGGUACCGAUAUUAAAUUAUUCAUCGUUAAUUGCUUUGGGUGCCAAUACUAAAUGUAGUCCCGAAAUUGCCAUUUGCCCUUCUUUUUGAGCAAAGCCUUUCACAUAUCUCCCAGGUGCUAUGUUCGAAAAUAUGGCCAUGUUACAGUAAGUCAGACAAAAUCUAUUUUGACUUCACGUUGGGAUUAAAAAUGUGUUCAUGCUUGACUCUUAAGGCUGGUUCAGACAUUUGCGUUUGAGUGUGGCAGACUGCCUUGUGACUCCUUCCAUUUUACUACGAUGCGUUGCGCAUAGCUGUAACGUGGGGGCGCUAGCAGUGAUCAAAUUUGUGUAAAACCGAAGUUGCAGUGAAAAAAAAAAAAAAAAGCUUUGGGGUCAAAGCGCACGAUGGGAACGUCUCAAAUGAAUCUAACUUUUAUCGUGGUUCUUAUGUAGCCACCAAGCUGUCGCCAAUGGCCCUUUCCAAGAACACAGCUGUUCUUAAAAAAGCUAAGAAAGCAAAGAAAGCAAGUAGAGAAAUAAACAAGUGAGCUGCCUUUUGAGGCGUUUCCC